AUGGAGACUUGCGGACCAGUUUUAAGCGACCGCGUGUUAACUCGACUUAAACGCGGCAUUGUGACCAGAUCUGAGCUCAGUGAGGUCUUAAAUGUAGCAAAGUGCUGGUUAAAGUGCAGGAAAUGCCAAACAAGGGCUGCACAGGCACAGGAAGAUGAAGAAUCUAAACAACCCGUGGCAAGGAAUGGAUCGUCGGAACCAUCUGAUUGCACUGCGUCCUCCAAAUGCGACGUAGAAGCCUCCAUCGUGACCCUAGUUGAGGCCCUGGACAGCGCGUUAUACCUAGAGGGUGCCCCUUGGCACAAGAGCGGAUUUAGAAAGCUUAAAAGGUCACUACUGAAAUGUGUAAAGGUCAUUUUGGCCCUGUACAGUGUCCCAUUUGCAAAAAUACCCCUUCUGGUCUCCAGUGAGCUGCUAGGAGUUGAAAACGGAAGAAAGGAGCAGCUAGCAAUACUCAAGGGUAUCAUCUCAGAAAGCAGUAAAUACACUCGGCCAGAGUCCAUAGACGCCCUAAGCGCCCUGAUUUCAAGCCUGACGGCUGAAGAAUUCGAAACUGUCUACGCUGAUGUCGUAAGGAGGUUAAAGAGGAACAGCAAAGUUAUUCCCUACUUUGCAUACAGAAUUGUAAAGGCGGUUGACAAGAAACUUUUGGAACCCAAACUUGAAGAGUUUGUAGAUCUCCUCAAGGAGCUCCUUGUGACUGAGAAUUUGAGCGCCUUUAUAUUCACUGCGCAAUCUCCAGAGGACCAGUACAAAUCUUCCCGCUACUAUUUUACUUGCAGGACCCUUGAGGAACUCUCAAAAGUAAAUGGCGUUGGAUCCUGCAUUUGCAAUCUAAUUUCCUGGUUUAAAAACUCUAGAGGGAAUGUAGUUGAUCAGGAAAAGAGGGUCAAGGCUCUCAUGCUACUCUUUCCGGAUCACAGGAGUUUUUGUAAUGACGCAGAAAUUGAGGCAAGGAAGUUCAAUGUGGGUGUUUUAAGAACAAGUAUUGAUCCUUUGCUUGAUACGCUAGUUAAAAAUGCAACUUCGCAUCAGUUCGAAUCUGUUCAGCUAGGCUUUAUUCAGCUCUUGUCGGUGUUAAAUAAUCUGCUCGGGGAUUCUGACGGUCGUUUUGUGGAAGGCAUGCUCAAAAUACUCGGGGGAAUAACGCGCGGUAUUGGCGGAAAGGAGGUUAAAAUUAAUGAAAAGGUUCUCUACACUCUUUUAAAGGGUCUAGAGGAUGCUAGAGUUGAGCAAUAUGCAUCGGCUAUAACCGAUUUGAAACUUGUAGUAAAGGCAAUAAUAGAUAAACCAGUUUAUCGCAGCUGCUGUUUGCAGGCAUUGUACCUGUUAGCAAAGAGCUCUACAGACUUUGGAGUUUCCAUAGCGUCCAUCUUUGAGGAAGGGAAUUGUAAGCCAGAAGAUUUUAUAAUAUGCAUCAAACUGUAUAUGGAGCUCCUAAAGGUUGAUGGGCAAGUUUUCCCAUGGAAAAUAGAACCCCCUUCUUCUGUAAAAGAAUUACACGCUCUUUGUACAAACAAGGUACACCCGUUUUACAGAAAUCUCUUGGUCUUGUUUGAAUCUCUAAGUAAAUAUGCACAUGGACAAGCAUUGGUAAAUGCUAGCUCUAAUGGAGUUUACACUGUUGAAUAUCUGCGCAAAUUGUUGGAUUCAUUUGUUACUACAAUUUUGAGUAACGGCUCUGUUCAUGUGUAUGGACUUGUUGUGGCGAUUUUGAGUAGGCUUGAGGAUGGCCACGAAUACAGCGAUGCUUAUGGAAAACUUUAUAGGAGAAUAAUAAGGGCGUUUGGUAGUGAGGGCUCUACUGGCUUUGUCUCUCUAUUACUGGUUCAGCUGGUGUGUUGCAGAGAUGGCGGCCAUCUAGAGGGAGAUUACUUGUCCGUCCUUCGAAAGUUUUUCUCUGCACCUCUGAGAAUUAACUCCCCCCUCGAGCGUUGCGUAAUAAAAAGGUUUUCUUUGAGUUUAAGUGACGCUCUGGAACAUGCUAGAGUAAGAUUGGAAGAUUUGUUUUCCGUGGAUCUUGUAAAAUAUUUUUGCCUGAGAAACAUUUAUAGCUCCUCACUUGAAGCCAUAAUCAAAAUUCUUUUUACUGCUUUGGAGGAAAAUCUGAAACUUUUAUCAAAGUAUGAACGCGAAGAUUUUGAAAUCUAUUUUGCUCCUGGUGAUGUACUUUAUGCAGAUAGCCGCUCUUAUCAGCCAAACCUCUACAGCUCUUCCGAGAACACCAAAGUCUCCCUUACAAAACAGCAAUUGGAUGAAAUGCGCUACAAGGAUCAAUGUGAAACACGAGAAUCUAUUUCGAAGUUGGUUCGUAAACAUUUCAAUGCUUAUGUUGCAUUGUCCCGUUUGCUAAUAUAUAAGAAUGCUGAAAUGGGUAAUUAUCUUGGCAAAAUGUUAGAGAUAUCCAAGGCUAGUAUCCAAUACAGGUGUUUGGGUUGUUUAACAGAGCACCUUAUAGAAAGAAUAUGCAAGGCGUUUUCUGGAUCAAGUGUUAGUUCCACAGGGAUAUCUAAAGCUUUGAUCUAUAUUUACACUCCAGAGGACUUUAGGAAAUAUCCAAAGGGUUUGAAAUUCCCUCUGGAUGAUGUUGAUGCAAUAGAUUCGAACCUCUCGCUGUUACUCAUGGAAAUUAUACGUUUUACCCUCCUUAAAGGUGAAAAGUUGGAAUGGAGUGGAGCGUCUGCAGAAACCAUUUAUAGGGUAUCCAUGGAAGUUUUAGUCAAACAGCUCAAAUCUGGAUUGUCCCUAAGUCCGGACGACGUUUUAAGGAUCGUGUCGGAAACAUCAAAGCACGAAGAUUUGGAUAAACUCUCGGCGGAAAUUCUCGAGAGUUCUGUAUAUUUAAUGGACAGGAAUCAGCUUGCACAAAUUUGCCAUUUAGGUAUGCUCUCUAGAGCGGACAUUGUUAUUCCAUGCAUAAAAACCUACAUGAGUUGCAAGAAUGAGGAUUAUACGCAUAUUUCACCAUACAUUAAGGUAUUCAAUAUUGAAUCCUCAUUGUCAUGUACACUAGAUCGGCUCAUUGAGAUUAUUCCGCGGUAUUUUAGUGAGGAACCAGUUAAUCUUGAUCUGGCAAGAAUGUUUUCUGAUGCACUAUUAAAUUAUGAUACGCUAGAAACGCUCUCUAAAUUGCAUUCCCUCUACUCUCAUUCAUCGCUUGUCACAAAGGGUGCUAUUCUGGCCAUUUUGCACGUCUACUUUGAAACGGCGCUUAUCAAGCAUCCACUUAGAAUUGACGUAUAUAGAGCUUUAUUAACUUUCUCGGAUAAUCAAUUGAUGGGAGACCUUUUAAAAUCGGUGAAUGUAUUAGUUGCAAAUGAAGAUGACAUUCAGAGCGCACUUGCACAAAUAAAGGGAAUGUUGAACAUUUACGCCAAGCAUGGACAAGCUGAUGGUGGACAGGAAAUUGAUGUAGAUGAAUUACUUUCAGAUGAUUCUCUGAUUUCUAGGCAUAAUGCCUAUGGUUUUGGACUUAUAAUAAUGGGUUUGUUAGCUUCAAAGUUGGCGGAAUAUGAUAAUAUAAUUCAAUGGACACUGAGGGCAAUGUUAAAACUCAUCAUAUCACCGAAUUCUCCGUAUUUAAACCAGACUCCUGCAGUAAAUACUGCAAUAUCCACGUGCAUUGUGAAAUGUACCAGAAUGUGUAUUUUACAGGGUACAUCUGAAAAGAAUUUUAUAUCGAAGCAAAUAGAUGAGUUCUUCAAAAGGAGUCUUGCGGAUAGUGUGUAUAUACUCCCCUUUACGUCUCUUUUGAGGGGUUCAGGAGUUGUGUCUUUGCAGGAACACAAUGUAGUUCCAAUGAUACUCGCUGGAAGCUCUGCGGAUCCUCUACAUCCACUCCCCAGCAAUGCGCCAAGUAUACUCAUAAUUGAGGGUUUACACAAAAUCUUUGGGCAUUUGUUUGAGCCUUACCUUCCACAAAUUCUACCAUUGCUCCUUGAAAAUAUUCAGCUUGAGAAUACGGCAAAUCUUAUACUCGGUGAUGUUACAGAGCCUGGAUUCUCUCCAUUGUUAAAUAUCGUGAUUAAUAAACUUUCAAGUGAAACUGCAGCCACAAAGGCUUAUUGUUUGAGACUAAUAUCUGUGCUUGUUCGGAAUCCUCGCGUUAAGGUGAACGUGAUACAAAACAUAUCUAGAAUCAUAAGUGAAACGUCUACAUAUACAAUUGACACAAACAAGGAAGUAAAGGCAUCAGCAAACGAACUUUUUAGCUCUAUAGCUUCACUGAUGCCAAAAGACUCUCUUUUGGUCGACAGCCUGGAAUUAGUGAUUGAAGCAUUGGUACUACCAACAGAUGAAAAGCUAGGGGAAAUAAUGGAUCAUUUGUUAAAGGUACAAGUGGAGUCGAAUAAGAAAGGUUCCAAUCAUUAUGCCGGAAUUUAUGAACUUGGAUUGCUACAACCCAUUGUACAGAGGGGUUUAAAAUCGAGAUCUGGAAUACAACGUGAAAAGGGUUUAUCUCUUUGUUCAUUCAUAUCAUCUGCCAUAACUAGCGCUUCUGAUCUUCAAAGCUUCUUCACGAGUGUCAUGAGUAUCCUCAUUGAGCUACUAAGGGAUCCACUACCGGAUGUGAGAAGCAAGGCUGCCAAAUCCAUUGGAUCAUUUGCACAAAAAUUCCACGAAUUUGAUACAUCAGCAUCUGUACUUCCAUGUGUGGACGCGUGUAUACACACGCUUUUGGAUUGUUUGUGCAAGUUCACCACGUCAAUAGAGAGAAGUUCCGCAGCCUAUGGACUUGCGGAGGCACUUCAGGCUGUACCCUAUGUUUAUGUCAACAAGCUAGUUCUCGACCUUCUUGAGAAGUCUACCAAUCAAGAACCGGGUGAAGAAUCGGAGUCAUCAAUAGCUCCAUUCAUAUACCUUCCAUCUACUUGUUCCGAUGUCAUAUUGGACAACUUGGAGCAUGUACUUUCUAGGUUGCUGGAUACCUUUGAAUUUUUAAAUGAACAAGUUAGUACAACUGCGUUCAAGGCUUGCAGGGCGAUUAUAGAUGCUUGUAUAGUUGAUAGAGAAGAAAAGGAGGGAUUUAAGAUAGAAAGGGAACAAACGGGCAAGAAAGAUAGCCCAUCGUAUUCCCUUGACGGCCAUUUGGGAACUCUCUUUGAAGCUUUUAUAGGCGCUCUAAAAUCAGAAAACUGGCAAACUAGAGAAUACAUGUUAAUGCUAUUGCAACAUUUAAGUUCAAAGUGCGGAGGCUCGAAAGUCAUUCAGACGUAUCUUUACAUUUAUCGGUUUGAUGAUCAUGAUGUAGUACAGUCGACUGCACUCUCAUUCUGGAAGGGGCUAGUAUUAUCGCAGGUUCUUAAUCGCAUUUUUGACGACCUAAUAGAUACUCUUAUUAAUAUGUUGAUGGAUGAGGAUUACAUUCUCAAGGUUCUCGCCGCUAAAUGUAUUUCAAAUCUUGUGGAGAGAAUGCAAGACAGAGUAGUUAAAGCGAUAUUACCAACUCUCUACUCUGAAGAGAAUAUGGACGAUCUUGAACCAUAUGAGUCGAGCAUAAUAAGGUGCGGAUUUUGUAUCGGUAUUGGUGCUAUAUUCCAGGUUGCUUCCAAAGAACUUGUGAUGGAACAUGUAGAGUCGGCAACUGCAUAUCUUCAAGAAUCUCUAUGUUAUAAGGAAAGUUCUGAAGAGGCCUCAGAUGCGCUUGGAAUAUUAGCCAACAUUUUUCCUGAUAUUAUUGUGCAUACUGUAAUUCCGAACCUUUUGGAAAUGGCUCUAUCUGAUGAACCAUCUGAACAAGAGGAUGUCGACUCCAACCGUAUCUUAUAUAUACAGGGUCUUGAGUCCCUCGUUACAUCCUAUAAUUCCUGUCUUUUCCAGAUUUGCAACGAGUGCAUAGAUGCACCAUUGGAUGUGUAUAGGCUCACUCUUUUGGAACGUUUAAUGUGUAUUGACAGAGGCACACUCAUAAUGCAAGAUACGCACUACUUUGAAACUAUAUUAGAUAAACUAUUCGAGUGUGAAGACGCUAGUGUGCUGACUAGGAUUGAAAGCUUUCUAACUAUACUGGAUGGAGACUGUAUACACAUACUCAUUUACAUUCUUAUCCACAAGCUACAAAGUUUGCGGUCUGAUGGUGAUGCUACCUACUAUGUAGAGUAUGGUAGAUUUAUUCUGAAUAUAAUAGCGGGCUUGCUUAGAAUAAGAGGUGAAGAUGUACAAAAGCUCCUUUACGAGAUCAGUCAGGCAUUACUCCCAUUUAUCCUUGAGGAAAAGGCAUUUUUAAAAGAGUCUGGUCAAAUCCUCGUUCUCUUUGUUGAAAUUUGCGAGAGAUUUUCCGUGGCUAGUAGUUUUAUCCAGUCCAUAUACAACACAAACGUUUGGAGUUCUUUGGAAAGUUGUGAAAACUCCACUAUUUGCAACAAGGAGGUUUUGGAACCGCUCUUAUCUUUCUUGCAAAAGUGUUUAAUGAGGGAAUCUCAAAAGCAGGAAAUUGCUCAGUCCAUAUUGCACAUUUCAGAAAUUGUGGAUAAAGAUUUACUGGGUCCAUUUUUGCUAAAGAUUUUUGGUUCAAUUAUUCGUCUAUUAAAUACCUCUGGGAAUCUUCAGCUCAGGUCAGUCUUGCUAAAAUUGUCAGACAGGCUCUUGGAAACAAAGUUUGAAUUUGUAAGACCCAUAAUAUCGCAACUGCAAAGCACGCUAUUAAAGUGCAUACAGAGUGAAGAUCCGAUCCAAUUAAUUAGUUUAAACUUGUGCAAGAUACUUUACCUGGCACCAAGAAGACUCUGCACAAUUCUCUCUGAAUUAGAAGCUAUACUAUAUCCAAAAACUGGAAUACAACCACAACCUCUAGUUAAGCAGGCCACUAUUGGAGUUUUGCGGGAGGUUCUCGCAAAGGCUACCGUGGAACCAGUUUAUCCUGCACAAGAGGUUAAAAUGUAUUCAGCAGUUGCACUUGAUCUGACUGGCCUAGACAGCUUGUGUAACCUCCUCAUAAACCUGUACCAAGAAACAACUGGAAAUUUGAAGGGACUAGUGGUCGAGUCUAUAGGAUUUGUCAUGUAUAUAAAGGUGUCGAAUGUGAUUUCUUCUCUAGACUCGUCACUCGGUUUUGAUCAUGGGCUCUCUACCGAGGGUAGCUUUAAUUCAAAGGGCUCGAGCAGCACCGUUGAAGCUGAAUCAGAGGCAUCACCUACAGCUGCCCUUGAAAUUCUGGUAAACACGCUUUUAUCGCUAGAAGUUGAUAACCACUUGCAAGUGAUUUGGGAAUGCUCAAAAAGUGAGACUGGUUGGUUGAUACUCCACAAUUGCCCCUUCUUUCACACAAUCAUGGAUUCCUGCGCAAAUACCGACAUUCCAAGUGCCAAACAACACCUUGCAAAAAUUUACAGCGCAAUAUCGUUGCAUGCCGCCACUUCAACAGAGGCUCUCGACUAUUUGGACGCCAAGUUCAAGACUAUUCCGCAACCCGCACAUUUGCCAUCUGGCCUACAAACUUGCCUUUUGAAGAUAUACAAGAGGUUUUUGAGGAGCUCAGACAAGGCUAGACUGGAAAGGAAUGGAUAUGCUGCAGUUGGCAUCAUAUGCGCAGCCCUGGCGGACAUUAUACAAGCUGGGUCAUACAAGGCCAAGGUGGGCAGAAUUCUCGCAAUUUUAUUCUCAAGGGUGGAUUUUGGACAAGUUGAAAAGCACAAGGCUGUUUCUCCAAACAUUUGCUCCCUGCUAAAGCAACACCCGAAAUCAAAGACUGUCCCAUGUGACACAAGCGAUGAGGAAUGA